AUGUCAAUCCCUAACCAUGCAAACAUUUUCACAUGCACAUUCUGCUUCCAUGUUUCCCAAGGCCCUCCUCAGAUCAUCGGACGCUCCGCACGCCUCGCUUGCACCGCCUGCCACGCCGCGCUUCUCAAACUCGCCAUCUGCUGGGUCUGCGGCGAACUUGUCUUUCGAGGCGACGAAUGCGUCAGCUUUGGUUGGUGUUUCUGGCAUCGGGCGUGCUACGGAUGCUUGCUAUAUGGAAGCAGAGCUAUCUAUCAGGGUGUCACAGUACAGGAACUCUUCCGGGACGAGGAAGACAGCGAAAAAGAUGGAUGUGGAGGGAAAGAAGUGGACAAAGUACCGCUCUGUGCGGCUUACGUGGUCGAACUCGAACUCGAUGGGGUGAAAGAGGAGACUGCGGUGAUCAAGAGAGGUUUGAGGCGUGUUGAGAAGGUGGAUGGCGGACUGACGAGGAAGAGAUGGGAGGCCAACAACAAUGAGAUGAGCGCAAAGUCUGCUUCCGUGUGGCAACCGUCUACUUACCAUACCGGCGACGGGGUAAUGGGAGACGAAGGCGCAUCCAGCAACCCCCUGAGCAAUCCCCGAGAUAUUUCAAAGUCGGUAAUUUGGGUCGACAUCUUUGACCCUAUUAACGGACCUUCCUUCAAACCGAGCCCCUUGAAGCCGAUGCCUCUAUUCAUGCAACGAUCCGCAAGUCCCAUUCACGAACCGUAUCGCAGAGUAACUACUGUCGACACACAUCUCCAAGCUCCUCCUUACCUGAGAAAACCUCGCUCGGCUCCUGGAUCAGCCUACCCGACGAGAUCCCGUGAACAAAGCACAAUAUCGGACCAUCAAAGCAUGCGCCGGCACUCACGAUCUCCAUCUGUACUGGACGCGUCUCGAUCCCCAAUGCCACCUCGUGACAGAUCGUCUCCUGAACCUUUAAAUAAGUACAUCAGAGAUGAGCUUUCCGAAGUACGGCACAGACAAGCUGUUAGCUGGGUCAGAGAGGAGCCUCUGAAACGACCUUCAUCUCGGCUUGCCCCUUCCCGUCACUCAGACAUCAAUCGUUCGGAAGCCAACACUUCCACAUAUCGGACACCCCCUGAGUACCCUGAUCAGGUAUUACGGACGCCUUACCCACUUCCUUUGUCUACCGUCAGGACGGCCAGGCCCUUGCCCUCGCAACUCACAUCACACUCGCAACGGACUGCAAACACUGCACCACAAUCGUCAGAGUAUCUAGAUCGUUACCAGCCUAUGAUGGCAAGGCCGGCACAGAAUCCCGAAGUAAGAAGAUUGAGGAGGGUAGCGGCGAGUUUAAGCGACGAAGGUCUUGCAAGAACAAGAUCUGAGCAAUACGAAGGUAACAAUGACUGGGGUACGGUUGGGACUGAGCUGAGACGGUUCUUUACGGGACGACGGGAGAACCGGUGUUGUUGUGAUGGCUUCAAUUUUAGGUUUACUGCGUUAAAGGGCUUCUACGAUCGAUCGAAUAAGGUAGCUUGGCUGAGGGGUACCUGUGAUGAUGAUGGUACAAACGAGCGGGAGAGGGAGGUGGUGACGUUGGAGGCCAAUUGGAGAUUUCCACCAGCUAAGCUCUGGCGGGGUAGGAUUAAAUGGAUGGCAGGUCUAGUCCCAUCUCCAUGCUCUCUCCUCUUUGUUCUGGCUUGGCUGGGAUCCUCAUUUCCAUGCCCUAACUAG